AACACGCACAUGUCUCCGGGGUGGGAUUAUGAGGAGGAACCCCGUUAAUGAUUGUUAUUAGAGAGCACUUUCACAAAUUUCAUGUGAAGUGGAGGACAGCACUGAUGGAUUAUUCAGCCGCAUCUACUGGCCAGCUCAGGGUCUUCAAGAAAAAUGACUUUGAAAACGACUGGACUAGAGUGGCAGAAGGAAAAUUCAGCAAUGUUUAUCAAGUCAAGAUCAAGAUUUGGCGUGAAACAUUUGCCCUGAAAGUCUACGACACAACUGAUGGUAUGAACCACCUUCACAGUGGUCGUUGAAGACCAUUAUUUUGUUACAGGAAAGUAAUGGAGGAUGUAUCCAACAUAGUCAAAGUGAAAUUCAAGUACAUAGUGGCAGUCUAUGGAAAGUGCAAUGAUGUGCCUGCCAUUGUAAUGGAGUACAUGAGCAAUGGGUCACUGGGAAAUCUUAUAAACAAUACCAACCUUAUGUGGCCCAAGAAGUUCCAGAUGAUUCACGAGAUCUCCAUGGGCAUGAAUUUUCUCCAUAGCUUGAAACCUUCACUAUUCCAUCUCAACUUGAAACCAUCCAACAUUCUACUGGAUGACCAUCUCCAUGUCAAGAUUUCAGACUUUGGUUUAAUCCACUGGGAAGCGGGGACAAACAAGAAGCUGUUCUUGGAGCAUCUGACAGUUAGAGGGAACAUAAACUACGUCCCUCCUGAGAUUUUCAGUCAGUCCUGUGAUCCUCCCGGAUUUUCCUUCGAUGUUUACAGUUUUGGAAUUAUAAUCUGGGUGAUUCUGACACAACAGAAACCUUACACAGGGUGCAGCAUGACCACCGUGCUCUUAAAUGUCUCACAAGGCAGGAGACCCUGCCUGGAGAUCAUUCCUGAACAUAGGCCAUUUCAGUGUGGUGAGAUGAUAAACAUCAUGAAGCAGUGCUGGGAUCAGGAUGAAAAUAAGAGGCCACCUUUCUCAGAAACUGUGAGGCACACGGAAGCCCUGAGUGAAGUUUUGAAGAUCCCAGGACCAAUUGAUUGUCACAAGAGCGGUGCAAACGGAUGGAGUUUGGAACCCCAACAUCCAUGUGUUACAACUUAUGAAAUUCCUUCACCUGAGUUGCCUGACCUUCCUACAGAGGAACAAUCAAGCAAGGAUAGAGUGCUUUCGCUGCUCCUUAGGAAGAACUUCGGUAGUUUUCGAACGUCGGUGAAACGGGAGCAUGUCAGCACGCAGUUCAUAGGUACAAAGAGUCUCCUGCACUACACGGUAGCCAGCGGGGAUGCAGAGAGCGUGGAGCAUGUCCUGAGUCUGGGUGCUGAAGUCAACUGCGUCAUGGCCAAAGGGUACACACCGCUGAUUGUUGCUGUCCUCAAUCGGUUUCAUGAUAUCAUGUUGUUACUGCUGGAGCACGGCGCUGAUCCUAGGUUGGGAGACGAUGACCAGUGGAGUGCCAUUCAUUUUGCGUCGCAGAACGGUGAUGACAGAGCCGUACGCCUGUUGUUGGACAAAGGGGCCUUGGCAGAUGCCUGUGAAAAGUCAGGAUGGAUGCCCCUUCACUUGGCAUGCCAGAAUGGCUAUGAAACAGUCGUCCGCUUGUUGCUGACACGGCUGUCUGUCAAGGCGAUCGGGGAGCAGGAGAAGAUGCAGGAAAGGACGCCGCUUCACCUGGCUGCCGCUUACGGACACAUCAAUAUAACCAAACUGCUCCUUUCUCAGGGAGCCAAUCCCAACGCAACUGACUGCUCCCUUUCCACUCCUCUUCACUUGUCAGCCGAGGCAGGGCAUAACAGAAUUGUACGACAGUUGGUGCAGAGUGGGGCUGCGGUCGAUAUUGCGGACAAAAGAGGGCACACUCCGCUUCACCUGGCAGCUCUUAAUGGCCACAAAGGCAUAUGUAGGCAGCUGCUUACAAACGGAGCUAGCCCAGACUGCAGGACCCACAAUGGCUGGACCGCCAUGCACUUGGCAGCUAUAAAGCGACAUGAAACCACCAUGGAGGAACUGAAAAGUCUAGGUGCGAAUGUGAAUGCUCCUGGUGAGAAUCAAUGGACCCCGCUUCACCUUGCCUGCCAGCAGAGUGAGGCCGAAAUGGUGGCCAGGCUCCUGGCUGCCCAAGCCGACCCGAACGUGACCGAGAGCAGUCAACAGUGGACGCCGUUACAUCUGGCCUGUGCCAGCCUCAGCUUCCCUAGUGUCCUCCGUUUGAUUUCUCAUCAUGCUAAUGUGAAUGCUGCGAGCGCAGAAAAAGCAACACCUUUGCACCUUGCUGCUCAGCAUGGUAACGUGCCCAUUGUUAAGGCACUACUGCUAAAUGGUGCAGACAGAACUCUACGAGACUCUUCUGGAUCGACGCCUGCCGAAGUGGCCCAGAGACAUGGAAAAUAUGAAAUUGUGCAAUUAUUGGAGGAAUAAAAUGCAGUAUUGGUAGAUUGUAUCCCUUGAACUGGAAAUGUUUCACUGUCCAAGUGGAGCCUUAGAUACACUCUCUGGAAAUACAGUGGUACCUCUACAUACAAAGUCAAUUCGCUCUAGGACCUUGUUCGUAACUCGAAAUGGUCGUAUGUCAAGCAGGAUUUUCCCAAAGGAGUACAUUAUAAUCCCAUUAAUUCGUUCCACAGCCCGAAAACAUACACUAGAUCCUGAAUAAAUACUGCUUGUACUAUUACACUUCACAAUUACACAUCGAAAAACUAAUAAACUAUAAAUAAAAAAUCACAAUGAGAUUUCCUGUAGUAAUGUAACAAAUCGGGUUCUAACGUGGUGCGCGUGUUUUGCGUGUUGUACCUGAACGCACCACGUGGCUCACAUGACAGAGAGAAAGGUGCGGUAGAGAUUUUACUUUCUCUUUUAGUGUUUUGAUGUUGACGUCAACUGCGGAGACAGUAGGCCUGUUAUGUUGCACAAGUUCUGAAACAAAUGAUUUAAAUCCUGACGAAGCUGGCGAUGUUACCACAAUAAUAAUAGUCACCUUAACUUAUGAAGACUGGUGAACGGAUAUCGAAGGAGGACCUUCGAGAUCGUAGACAUUCUACGGCCGUAUCGUCGGGCUAGUUCACGGAUGCGCACAUCUUGCUCAUAUUUUUCUAUCAUUUCCAUCUUCAUUUCAAUGGUAAGCGCCACCUUUUUCCUUUUUUUUACCACCUGCACCGACCUUCUUGGAACCUAUGUUGAUUUCUCUCACAAGAAAAUCCUCCGUGCGUCCAUCUUGCGGCAAAACAAAGAAACUGCGGCACAUGUCAUCUGAUGUAGAAACAAAUGGUGAGUCAAAUUUUACAUCAGAUCUCGAAAAGAUCGUGUUUCGAAACAAUCGUAUUUCAAGGUACCACUGUAGAUAUUAAUUGGAACUGCUGUCAGACAUAGCAAAACAAAAGAAAACAAGUAAUGACAAACAUUACACAAGAGUUGUAUUUUAUAUACUACAUGUUCAGUGAACACCUAUUUAUAGUACAGGUUAGAUGCCACCCAAACCACGAUGAAUAAAAUUCCACAAUAUAGAAACCAUAUCUAAUUUUAAUAUACACAUAGUUAUACUCAUCUCUCAUUUAUUAAACAUAUUAAAACUUAUUAAAAUACAAUUAAAUUUGACAAAUGACAAAUAAGAAUGUUGAGAUAUCAAAACAAUAAUUACCAAGCAUAUUAAAAACAAAAUUGCUCUCCAGAGCUGUGGGCGUGUGUGCUGGAUGUGCUGAUAUUGUCUAGCAACUUUCAAUUUCCAAUUUAGCCUCCAGUACCUGGAAUAUAUCUCAUAUGGUUGUUACGGGGCUUUUCCACACCAGCAAAAUGAGGUACUCUAAAAGGGUCACCCCCUCACCAAGCCCAUGUCCGCACACAAUAUCACUACCUACCAAGCUACAUGACAUAACGUGUCACUUGCAAGUUACACCUAGGGUUGACAACUGUCCCUUGAAAAUCGGGAACGUCCUGUUUUUACAAACAAAAGUACUCGCCCCGUACUGAGUUUCCAAGGGAUGCACUUUGUCCCUUAUUAUCAUGAAACUCUAAUAUUAGUGUCUUAUAUUUGUAGAACGAACAAAUACAGUCAACAUACGAUCGCUUCGACACACGAUCUUCUUGACAUCCAACGUAAAAUUUGACUCGCCAUUUGUUUCUACAUCCGACGAAAUGCUUGAAAUAUGACGAUUUAUGACGGCAUCGCAAUUUCAUUGUUUUCCCGCAAGACGGAAGCACGGUGGAUUUUCAUGUGUGAGAAAUCAAUAUGGGUUCCAAUAAUGUUAAAGCACUUAGUGAAAAAAGAAAAAAGGUGAGGCUUACCAUUGAAAUGAAGAUGGGAUGAUGGAAAAAUUUGAGCGCGGGGUGCGCGUCCGUAAACUGCAUGACAAUAAUCCUCCAAAGAGAUCGCCAGCUUCGUCAGGUUUUUGAUCAUUUAUUUCAGAACUUGUGCAACACAACACGCCAACUUCCACCAACAACAGAACCUUAAAACAAAUAUCGUAAUGGCCCGAAUAUAAGAUGGCCCUGAUUAUAAGACGUCCCCCUCUUUUUCAAGACUCAAGUUUAAAAAAACUUUUUGAACACCAUAUUUUUAUACAGAAAAUAAUUCCAGUCCAUCCGAAACAAAUGAUUAUAACAAUAUAUUUGAGAGAAAAAGCAUGUUAUUUUGCCUCAUUCAAAUCUUAAUAUCUGAACAUUUAAAUAUGUAAACUAAAGUGCAAUCACAUUCGUAAAUGAAUGGCUUCUGGUUUUUGAAAUAUAAAUAAACCAAUCUAUUGUGAUAAAACAACAAAAUUGCAAUAACUGCAUUAACCAUCAAAGUUAAGUCUAACUGUAACUGUAGUCUUGUAACAAAUCUGAAUAAGGAAAAACAUUGCAAUAAAAUAAUGCAAACUGGUUAAACUAGUAACUGAGAUCUGCAAUGACAGAACAUAGCUUCAAUGAUAUCUGGCGCCAUCUAGCGUCGUGAAUGGGUAUAAUGUCUAGACCGCGAAAAUAAGACGACCCCGUCUUUUUCAGUGUUAUUUCAAUGCAAAAAACACCGUCUUAUAUUCGGGCCAAUACGGUAAUAUCUCAACUGCACUCUCUCUCACUCUGCCAUCAGCCCCGCGGUGUGUUCAGGUACACCACGCAAAAUACAACCACCACAUUAGAACCCAAUUUGUUACACCAUUACAGGUAUUAUUAUUAUUACUGUUAUUAGAUUAUUAUUCUGAUUUUUAUUCAUAAUGUGUUUGUUUUGCUAUUUGCUAAUUGCUAUUUGCAAUAGUAACAGCAGUAUUUAUUGUAAUGAUUUAGUGUAAGUUUUCAGGCUGUGGAACGAAAUAAUGGAAUUAUAAAGUAUUCUUAUGGGAAAAUCUUGCUCGCUUUAUGACCAUUUCGACUUACAAAUAAGGUCCUGGAACUAAUCAACUUCAUAUGUAGAGGCACCACUGUACUGGUAUGGUGCUUUACAAGAAUAUGCAGGGAAACACAGUCUCCCGCCUCUCCUGCUUUUUGACCAAAGAGCUGUGGGAAUUUGACAGUACGAAAUCCCACUCAUCUCAUUGGUCGAGGUACUGUCGCUUACCAGAAGGCAACAUAAGAGUGUGGGAGAUAAGACGUUUUAGUGAAACAUUAGUAAAAAGUCCAAAAUGAUGAUUAUUUCUUCUCUAUGUACUUUUCAUUAAUUGUAUAAUAUUUUGGUGUUUUCUUUGUAUUCCCACAUUAUAUUUGGAGUGAUCAAUUGCAAAAAUGUGAUAGCUAUGGGGACUUUAAACAGCGUAAACAAGAUGGGCCCGAGGACCGAUCCUUGCGGCACACCAUAACUAACUCUAGAGUACGAUGAUGAUUGCUGGUUUAUAUUGACAAACUGGUACCUAUUAGAUAAAUUUGAUUUAAACCAGCAGAGGGCUGCUCCUCUAAUGCCUAUGUCACAUUCUAAUCUCUGCAAUAAGAUAUUAUGGUCGAUUGUGUCAAAGGCUGCACUCAGGUCCAACAGAACCAGGAUCGAGACUAAUCCAACGUCAGCGGCAAGUAACAAGUCAUUAGUUACUUUAACUAAUGCAGUUUCAGUGCUAUGAUGAGCUCGAAAGCCAGACUGGAAAUGUUCAAAUAAACUAUUGUCCUGUAGGUGCUGACAGAGCUGUUUAAUUACCACUCUUUCAAGGACUUUGGAGAGAAAUGGUAAGUUAGAAAUAGGUCUAUAAUUGGCCAAAAUAUCAGGAUCAAGAGUAGGUUUUUUCAAGAGCGGUUUAAUAACUGCAUAUUUAAAGGACUGCGGCACGUAGCCAGUAACUAAUGAGGUAUUUAUUAUAUUUAAGAUAAUGUCAAUAGUUAGAGGCAGGGUCUCUUUAAAAAGUUUGGUUGGGAUUGGGUCGAGGAGGCACGUUGAUGGUUUGGAGGACAUUAUAAUUGAAAUUACAUCGUUUUGGUCUACAGUGGUAAAGUUAUUUAAUAUUUUAGAGGGGCUUAUAGGAGACUCUGAAUUCUUUUUCUGCACUUUAUCAGACCUAAUAACUGGAAGUGAUUCAUUUAUUUUAUUUCUAAUAGUUGCAAUUUUAUUGUUAAAAAAUUUUAGGAAGUCAUCACAGCUAAGGGUGGUUGGGAUAUAAGGUUCUAUUGAGCUGUGACUGUUUGUCAGCCUUGCUACAGUGCAGAACAGAAACCUAGGAUUAUUUUUGUUUUCAUCUAUUAAGGAUGAGUAAUAUCUGGUUUUAGCCGUACGCAAGGCCUGCUUAUAUGUCACCAAGCUGUGUUUCCAGGCAGAGAGGGUGUGCUCUGUGUUGGAACGGCGCCAAAGUCUUUCUAAUUUACGUGUCGAUUGUUUGAGAGCGUGUUUCAGCAUUAUACCAGGGAGAGGCUCGUCUCGGCUUGACAAACUUUAAUUUGGGGGGAGCGACGACAUCGAGGGUAGUACGAAGUGUAAACAUAACACUAUCAACAAACUCGUCAUUAACAGCAAGGCCGGACAUUAUUCCUUCAUAAUUAGAUGACAUGGAGGCAAAUAUAGGCUGAAUUAUCUGUUUAUACUCUGAAACAGAGCGAUCACCUAAUGUCCUUUUCAUCUGAGUUCUAGUCACUCGUGGCGGAUUAUCUUGAAGCACAAACUGAAAGGUAAUUAGAAAAUGAUCAGACAGUUCGGGGUUGUGGGGAUGGACACUAAAAUCACUAAUCACCGUACCGUAGGUUAAAAUCAAGUCCAGGGUGUGCUUGUGACUAUGAGUUGGUUUAUUCACAUUUUUAAUGAAGCCAGUCCCAUCUAGUAGGUCAUUAAAGGCCUUACCAAGGGAGUCACCUUCAUCAUCAACAUGUAUAUUAAAAUCCCCUACAAUUAUAAUUCUAUCCCAGCUUAGCAAAAUACUAGAUAAAAAGUCAGAGAAAUCUAACAAAAACUGUGAGUAGGGACCAGGGGGACGGUAAACCACUAUGAAAAGAACUGGUUUUUGGUUCUUCCAGUUAGCAUCUAUAAUUGAUAGUGCUAGACUUUCAAAGGAGUUAUAAAUGUAAUUAGCUUUACUUUUUGGGCUCAUACCUAAACAAGAGUGUGAUAUUACUGCCACCCCCCCUCCACGGCCCGUGCUUCUAGCUGUGUGAAAAUUCACGUGACUUGGGGGUGUGGAUUCAUUAAGUCUAACAAAGUCAUCCUGCUAAAGCCAAGUUUCAGUCAGGGCCAAAAUAUGAAUAUUAUAAUCCCCAAUUAAGUCAUUAACUAACAGAGAUUUGGGCGAGAUUGACCUGAUGUUUAAUAAUCCGUAUUUUAUAUAUUUAUUAAGAGCUAUUUUAUUUUCACCGCUAUCAGGGGCUAUAUGUAUUAAAUUCUUUGGUCUCGUUCCGAUAGUACUCUGUUUUCCCCUGUUCACUAUACGAGGCACGGACACAGUCUCUAUCUUUUGUCCUGAAUGUUGGAUUUGUGACAGCUCGGAAAGAGGCGGGUGAUCACUACUAACAGAGUUGUGUUUUACACUACAACACUGCGCCCGGGCCCCCACUUUGAGGUGUCACUUUGGGAGACUAAGUUUGGCGGCCAAAUUUCGAGUUAAGAGAGCAGCACCGUCCCAAGUCGGAUGAAUGCCGUCUCGGCGCAUGAGCCCGGACUUGCCCCAAAACGCGUGCCAGUUAUCAAUAAAGACUAUAUCGUUUUCUGGGCACCAUCAAGACAACCAGCGGAUAAAUGAUGAGAAUCUAGAGUACAUCUCAUCAUUGACCAAAUUAGGCAGAGGACCAGAGAAAACUACGGUGUCCGCCAUCGACUUAGCAAGUUUACACACUGAGGCUACGUUUCAUUUAAGCACCUCAGACUGUCUCCGCCGGGCGUCGUUACCGCCUGCGUGAAUCACGAUACGGCGGAACCUCUUCCUACUCUGCUUUAAGAGCCUGAGGUUUCCUUCGAUAUCACCGACUCUGGCCCCUGGGUAACACCUGACAGACACCGCCGGGUGCUUCACGUCUCUAACUAUGGAGCUUUCAAUUACGAGAGUGUCUGGUUCAGCCAGUGUGUCGCUGAGGGGGGCAAACCUAUUGCUGACAUGAAGCUGCUGGUGCACUAAGGUUGUGCGUUUACCACUGCGCUUCCCCCGUACAGUCACAAAUCCGUCCUUAAUUUCCCCCGGCUGCACGGGGCUCACUGGGGGGCUAACUGCGCUAGCAAUCCUACUACUGCAAGCACGACCUGCGGGCCCUGCCACUACCUGGCUAUAGCUCGGACUAGCUUUCGUCUCUAGAGUGCAGAGCCGUGCUUCUAGCUCAGAAACCCUGGUCUCCAACCCUGAGACUAAGCUACACUUCCUACAGCUACUACUGUCCUCGACGAAGGAACCAGGGUGCUCGCUAUACAUACAGCACACUGAGCAGAAAAGACGGGAGGAAGAAGGCAGAGGGCUAGCCAUAGCUCGGAUAAGCUAGGCUAGCAAGAUAGAGCUAAAGAGGAGAGUAGAGUAGUUUUAAUCCACGACCUGUUAAAUCGUGGGAUAAAACAAAUUAAGGAGCACUAGGAGAGCCGAACCAGCCUAGGAUCGAUUCUCCGAUGUGUCCGUGGGAUAAAACAAAUUGAGGAGCACUAGGAGAUUAGCGACUAAUAGCAGCGCUAACAAACAAAUGAUACACUCACCGGAUGUGACGUCACCUUCAGUGUCAAAGGGUCAAAGUACAUCAUUCUCUUUCGCCCUGUAAAUCUGCACUGCCCCCUAGGGCCUGGCAUGAAUACUACAUUGUUUUCAUGCGGAAUUGCGACAUUGUUCAAAUGGAGACGCAAAUGCAAAUGCAAAUUUGACAUUUUUCGUAUUCUCAGAGAGUCACCAUGUAAACGGCCCCUUCUAUUCAAGAUGCUAUUUGCAGCUAUCCAGAGUGAAACCCCUCCUUCACACCUAGGCAGCGACUCCACAGGAGUGUGUAGGGGGGUGGCCUGCUUGAUUGCUUGUUUGAGUGGUCAAUUGUUUGACAAAGCCCAGUAGUCAGUUUGGUAUUGGGGUCAUUUGACGGCUUUCUGGUAUUUCUUUAUAGCCAAAAAAACCACCCCGGACUUCCAGUGUUAAUUCAGGUUUGAGUAAAAUGAAAAAAAAAAAAGUAAAUUAAAAAAAUAUCAUUUUUCUUAUACAAAAAAAAAAAAUAUUUCAAGGGUGACGGUUAUCAGGACGGCUGGCUCUAUUAAUGAGGUGUUCCUAAAUUUUUUUCAGGGAAUUGUGUUGGGUUUCUGGGUGAGCGGGGGACCCAAGCGCAGAGGAGGCAGGCAAGGUGGGGCAGGGGUUACAAUAGUUUAUUGUAUAAUGUGACAGCAGUCUGUGUCCAAGUGAUCAGGCAGGCAUUUGGUGAUUGAGCAAGUGAGCUGACGAGGAAUGCAGGUCCUGUGAAUAAAGAUAAAAUGAGCUAAACCAAGGCAAUACAGAUUUGUAGAAUUAUCAAGGGCUAGUGUCACAAACUCUUGGAGUGGAGUUGUUGAUCUGGCGAUGAGGUGAGGCCAGGGACUGGCUUAAGUAAGCCGUUAACGAUGAUCACCUGCACCUGGUCCCAGGCUCACCCAUCUGUCCAAUCCUGCAAUCAAGGCAGACACACAUACACACACACACACACACACACAAAGUGGAGGAGCAGGGCUCAGGGGGCAGGAUCCCUAACAAGUUGGAAACCCUAGUUGCACUGAAUAAACGUUACGGUGUACAAAAGCUCUUUGAGUGUGGAAAUGGCGACUAAAGCUGGGCCCAAGUGGAUCAUGCACUCUCAGAAUUCCAUGGAAACUGAAAUUUGACGAGUGAACAGUUUAACACUACAGGAAUACUACUUUAAUUUUCAGUCUAAGUGGACAUUUUCAGUAAUGUUUUUUUUUUUUUUUUUUUUUUAAAUCAAAUUCACUUUAGAAGUCUUUUAACUUAUCAAUUAAAAAAUAGUAUUCCUUCGCACAUUUAUAGGUAAUUGAAAAAUUAAGUAAAUAAGUAACAUUAACAUUAAAUAAUAACAUUAAAUAAAUAAUAAAUGGUAAGUGGUUGGUGAGGACCACACCACCAUACUAACCUCAGUUGUAUUCGAUAUAAAUUCAUUGUCUUUUUGUCAAGUAUUACAUUACAUUGUUUAGGUAAGCUCUUACAUAAGUAAUUGUAAUAUGUUGUCAUAAUGUGGGAAUAAAAAUAAAAACAAAAUGACAACUACAAAUUUCAAAACUUCUUACUACUACUGCUCUUUUUCAUUAGAAAUUGUGUGCUUUAUUUAGCCGGAUGAACAUUUUUUUUUCCUGACAUGCAAAGCAUUAAAUUGAAAGUGGUUGUGAAGAUGACUGCUCAUUGGCUUUUAACAGAUCAGAGGUGCAAAAUGCACUCUUUCAAAUGCAUCUGCUUGCGCAUGUUUAGCAAAUUACUGACCACAAACUGUCUGCUUGCCCAUCUAGAAACA